CAACGCUUAGCAACGAAAUUUCCGUUCUUCAAAAUGGCGGUCCACCGCGGGUACAACAUGACUGAAAUGAAAUAUAAGCCAAGUGAUACAGUCAUAAGGAGGAGGCGUAGACAAUCUUUAAGAAUCCAAAAGAACAUAGAUGAUGACGUGCUUAUGGCUUCAGCGAUCGGUGAUGUAACAUGGCUUCAACAAAGCCUCUAUGAUACGCGUAAAGCAUAUUCUGUUUCCAUCGAACACGGUCUUGCUCCUAUUCACCUUGCUGCACAGAACGGACAGCUUGAAUGCCUUAAAGUAAUGAUAGAAAGAUAUAAAGUAGAUGUUAAUUUUCAAAGUGCAUCUGGAUGGACACCCCUUCAUUUAGCAAUUAACAAGUCUACCAAGAAAAGAGGAUUGAGAUGUGUACAAUAUCUUUUGGGGAAAGGUGCAGAUCCAUCAAGGCCAACCAAGGCUGGAAUCACUCCAGUGCAUCAGGCAGCAAGUGAAGGCCAUGUUAAAUGCCUGCAGGAGUUGAUCAAAUCUGGUGCGACGAUCAACGCUGUCGACGGAAACGGUCAUACUCCUAUGUCUUUAGCGCGUGUAUGGGGCCAGAGGGAAUGUGCACGCAUUUUAGCCAAUCAACAGUGGUAUUUGGACAAACAACAGUAUUUGAAAGAAAAACUUGAAAGGGAACAAAAAGCCAAACAGAUCGAGGAAGAAUUGCAAAGACUGAGCCUUAUCCGCCUUGCAGAGGGUAAACACGAGAGUCAGUUAGCGUAUCAGCGAUGGCUCACCGAGAAAGGUAUUCCUGACAUUGGGACCAUGUACGGACCUCUUUCCUCCGAGGAGAGGAAGACUGCUGAAGAAAUUCGAGCAACGCAGUCCUUACGUCCAACUCCUGCACCCAUGCUAACCGAGUCGUCAAUUGUUGUUAGAUCAAAAACAGAGUAUGACAAUUUUGAUGGCGCGCCAUUGUUUACUUCUAGCAGACCAACAGAUCACCAUGAUCACGACUUUGAUAGAAAGCUUGAAUUAAUUCCACUCGAGAGAAUCUCUGCUUCCAAGAGAAGGAAAGGUCAAAGAACGGAGGGUUUGCGGCCAAAUAGGUCUCGGACGGUUGUAAGAUAAAAACAAAUGUUUAGAUUUCCGCUAAUUUUUAAUGACUAGAGAGGGUGGGGAAAUCUUCCCAACGAGCCUCGUAAAGAUAUUUUUAGUCGCUUUUGCCUCGUCAACUCCCGAAAACCUAAGGGAUGGCUUUUCCAGGACGACAUUUCCGUUUGUUUUAGUAUGAAGGCGCAUGUCCACAAUUUUACGUAUCAAGAAUAGAAUUUUCAGGGGGAGGGGCGCCCCUACGCUCAUUCUCAAGCCCCGCCAGUUGAAAAUAGGCUCGGCCGUCCUUCAAUAUAAAAUAUGCUCUAUCCUUGCUUCAUAGUGAACGUUAAUUGAGAAAACUAUGACUAUCUGUUUUGAUACUGAAAAGAGACGGCACUUGAUUAUUAUUCUAACGAGUUGAAUGUUUCAGAGGAGAAAGCGCUUAAAUAAAUAAAAAAGCACUAAAUUCACUAAACACCAAAAAGAAAUCAAAAAUAGUUCUGAAGCGGAGAAAAUUUAGUUGAAUUGAGAACGAGGACUGCCAACGUUUCUACGUGAGUUUUCAAGAGGCAUAAACCUAAAUAGUUAGACGUAGCAUUGGCUAAGCAAAUAGUGAUAUAAAUGGAGUUAAGAGUGAAGGGGAAAAAACACGAAAAACUGAGAAAUGACGUGACUCGUUGACUACCCUGUGUAAAGGAGACCACACUUGAAUAUUUCUUUCCCUCUUGUGACAUGCAAUACGACCUGUAUUUCGCAAAUAAGAACUUUUUACAAG